UCGAACUUACCGCCAUGGAGGAAAUCCAGGAACCUCUGAGCGGUAAGCUCCGACUGUGCUUCUCUCCUGCUGCCCGGACCAGCCUCUUACUGCUCAGGCUCAACGAUGCGACUCUGCGGGCUCUGCAAGAGUGUCAGCGGCAACAGGUACACCCAGUGAUCGCUUUCCAAGGCCACCGAGGGUAUCUGAGGCUCCCAGGCCCGGGCUCGUCCUGCCUCUUCUCCUUCAUACUGUCCCAGUGUGGGCAGGAGGGCGCUGGUGGUAGCUUGGAUCUUGUGUGCCAGCGUUUAAGCAGGUCUGGGCCUAACCGCCUCCACUGCCUGGGUCCACUCAGGGAGCGCCUCACUGUUUGGGCAGCCAUGGAUUCUAUCCCAGCCCCAUCAUCAGCUCAGGGACACAACCUUACUGAAGAUGCCAGACAGCCUGAGAGUUGGCAGAACACAAGAGACUAUUCUGAAAGAGAAGCAGUAUCACAGUCACAGAUGGCAGUAGAAGAGGUGUCAGAUCCACUGGCAAACAACCAAGGACAGUCACUCCCAGGAUCCUCAAGGGAGCACAUGGCACAGUGGGAAGCAAGGAACCAGACCCAUCUUCCAAACAGAGAGCCCGAGCAGGCACUGCCUUCCUCUGCCACCCGGAAACGCCUAGACAAGAAACGUCCGGCUCCUAUAGCUACCAUAGAACUAGACGAAAAGAGGUUCAGAGACCUGCCUCUAGCUCCAAGUCCCCUACACGGGCUACCCAAUCAGGAUUUACAAGAAGGAGAAGACUGGGAGCAAGAAGAUAAAGAUGAAGACGUGGACCCAAGGCUGGAGCACAGUGCCUCAGUUCAAGCAGACUCUGAAUCCCUAAUCCCUGAAGAGGUGCCAGAUUAUCUCCUGCAAUACAAGGCCAUCCAUAAUGCAGAGCAACAACACGCCUAUGAGCGGGACUUUGAGACAGAUUAUGCUGAAUACCGGAUCCUACACGCCCGUGUUGGGGCUGCAAGCCAAAGAUUCGUAGAACUGGGAACAGAGAUCAAGAGAGUUCAGCGAGGAACUCCAGAACACAAGGUGCUGGAAGAAAAGAUAGUCCAGGAAUAUAAAAAGUUCAGGAAGCGAUACCCAGGUUACAGGGAAGAAAAACGUCGCUGUGAGUACCUGCAUCAGAAAUUAUCCCACAUUAAAGGUCUCAUCCUGGAGUUUGAGGAAAAGAACAGGGGCAGCUGAAGCUGAGAGGGUUUUGACCCUAU